AUGGCGGGCUCAAUGCAUCUAUCGCGACUCCGGAAUUGGUUCCUCGCCUCUCCGCCGGUCGAGUUCGCGAUUAACAGCCUCAAGGAGCUGCUGGUCGGCGCGCUCCGCCAAGGUCCCAUCCCCCAACAUGUCGCCUUUGUGAUGGACGGAAACAGACGAUUUGCUAGGUCACAUGGAAUCGAGACCGUUGAAGGCCAUAACCUGGGAUUCGAGGCUUUGGCAAGGAUCCUGGAAGUCUGCUAUAAAAGUGGUGUUAAGGUUGUUACCAUCUACGCAUUCAGCAUCGAGAAUUUCAAGCGCUCCAAGUUCGAGGUCGACGCACUCAUGGAUAUGGCCAAGGUGAAGCUGUCACAAAUGGCACAGCAUGGAGAUCUUCUGGAUCGAUAUGGGGCCAAGGUCCGCGUUUUGGGUCGACUUGACCUUCUCAAACCCGAUGUCCUGGCUGCUGUCAACAAAGCUGUCGACCUCACCAGUCGCAACGGCGACCGCGUCCUGAACAUUUGCUUCCCCUACACCUCUCGCGACGAAAUCACCACCGCUAUUCGUGACACCGUUGAGGAUUACAGCACUCCUCUCCACCCUGAGAAUGGUCAUACCCGGACACCGUUCUCCGAAUCUCAUAUCGUGCAUAAUAUCCGAGUCCAAACCCUCGGGUCUAAGACACAGGAUACCCAGAGUGACUCGGAGUCGACAUCGACCGAAUCAACCGAAUCGCCCGGCCAAGAGGAUGACACCAUUUUGCGGAACGACCACGCCAACCGAGUCUACGAGUCUGGAUCAUCCUUUUCGUCUUCUACAACUCUACACCUCGGUCAGCAGGAUGCGCAGCAUCUCAAGACUAUCGUACAGGGCAAGUCAUCUGAUGGUGAAAGCCAUGCCUUUACCUCCCCUGAGACCAUUUCCCGCCAGACACUUUCUGGCCACAUGUUAACCAAGGGUACUCCGCCUUUGGAUCUCCUCGUUCGCACCUCCGGUGUGGAACGUUUGAGUGAUUUCAUGCUCUGGCAAUGUCACGAGAAUACGGAAAUUGUCUUCCUCGAUGUUAUGUGGCCCGAGUUCGACCUGUGGCACUUCAUGCCCGUGAUGCUUGGCUGGCAACGACGCAUCUCCAAAUCCCGCCAGAACCCAGACGCGGAGGGCAACUUUGCCGGUGACGGUCUAGAGUCCAGUGAAGAAGGCCUGGACAACCAGAUCCUACGACAGGGCAAAGUAAAGAUGGUAUAG